AUGGUACCAGCAAGUUGGAACAACUUUCACGUCGGACGAGACUGCGGCCAUGUGAAAUGGUCUCGAAAGAUCGCGCCUAAAUUGACCGUCUCCUCGGGCCAGACGGUGACUUUUGAUGCCAUCGACAGCAGCAACGGCCAGCUCGACACCACUUCGGACGCAUCGGCUAUCAAGGAAUUAGAUCUCGGCAUCGCCAAUCCCGUUUUCGGUCCAAUUUACGUGCAAGAUGCACAGCCUGGCGACGUUCUCAAGGUCGAGGUCCUAGCCCUCGAAGUCGCAGACUGGGGUUGGUCUGCCAUCAUCCCUGGCUUCGGCCUGUUGGCUGAGGAUUUUCUCGAACCUGAGAUUAAGAUCUGGUCUCUCGACCGCGAGAAAGGUUACGCUCAGUUCAAGGAUAUGCGUAUCCCUCUCCGACCAUUCCUAGGCUGCAUGGGCCUUGCCCCGGCCACCGACGACGAACUCUCUACCGUCCCACCAACUCACGCCGGUGGCAACAUGGACUGCCGCGAGCUCAGUGUCGGUUCGACCGUCUACCUCCCCGUACAGACCGCCGGUGCCCUUUUCAGCUGCGGUGACGGACACGCCGCUCAGGGCAUGGGCGAAGUCUGCGGCACGGCUAUCGAAACCCCUAUCAAAGCAACCCUCCGCCUCGAGCUCAUCAAGAACCAGCGUUGGGUUACCUCUCCUCAGUAUCAGACCCCGCCGCGAGCUCAAAUACCCAACCCCCUUCCCGACCUUGGCACCUACGGUGCUCUCGGCGUUUCUCCAGAUCUCUUUGAGGCUGCAAAGAGUGCCACUCGCAACCUCAUCCAGUGGCUCGUCCUUACCAAGGGUCUUACCAAGAGCGAGGCGUACAUCCUGGCCAGUGUUGCUGGGGACUUGCAAAUCGCUGAGAUUGUCAAUGUGCCUAACUACGAGGUGUCUAUGAGUGUUCCCCUGGGCAUCUUCAGUUCGGGUUGA